AUGAAACAUCAAGAUGGAAGGAGUUCUUCCAGCAAAAAGAAAAUAAAGCCAGCUCCAACAAAAGGACGUAAGGGUGAUGAUACCGAAAAACUUGUUGUUGGAGCUGGAUGGACAGCUGCUGCCACACAAAAAUUUUUUGAAUGUCCAAAUGACGAUGAAAGAUUCAAACAUAUUAUGGCGAUGUUUAGUAUAACAGAAGAUCAGUAUAAAAAUGAUGUAAAAUCCACAACAAUUGCAGAUUUUCAUUAUGCGAACGGACUUUGGUGCUUAGAAUCAAAAUUUGAUCAACCACAAACACAAUUUAUAUGCAGAUCACUUGAUCGCUUAUUAACAUCUGCAAUUCAAUCUCAAUCUCCUACAGAACUUUCAGAAGAAAAACCAUCAAUUGAUAAAUUACGUUUAGACUUAUUUACACAAUUCCAGACAAUGUUUAAUGAAUUAAAUGCCGGAGAAUGGAAAUUUAAUACAGAAGAAACACAGAAAAUUUUAACUUUCUAUAAUCAAGUUUUCUUCAGGCCACUUCGACUUAUUUUAUAUUCGUUUACUCAUAAUGUUGAAAGUGUUAAAGUCCCUGAAAAGAGAAGAGUAUUUACUCCAGUUCCUCCUGUUCCUUUGUCUCAAUGUGAUGAAGCUCCUCAUUAUGUAGAUGAUUCAAUGCAAUUCAAGCCAUUCACGCUGCCAAAGGGACCACUUACACUUGAAGAUGCUCGAGAAUUAAUCCAACAAUACACAGAUAACGUUAUCGAUAUAAUUAAUAAGAGAUAUGACAAUCUUACAGAUAUGGUGGCUAAGAUACAACCACCAAUUACUUCUGGGCGUUAA